CCCUGGUCUGUUGGAAAGAAGAGCAAGGAGAUGACGUCCGGGAGCCGCUUGUGGUUGGCGCUGGCUGGGGUGCUGCUAGUGCUGGCCGUGAUAACCGGUCCGGUUGAUAGCUAUUCACCGUUUAAGAAGGGACCACAGCAUGGUUCGUUUACCCGUACAUCGCCAGCUAAUGGAGAACGUGGCACGGUACGGGAGCGUGAACGUGAGCGGGAACGCGAGCAGCAGGAACGAUUGGCAACACCGUACGUAGGUCCGCUGGUGGGACUGGAAGGUGGUGGCAACCGGGCAGCCAACGACUUCCUCGAGGAUGUCGGUAAGAACGUUUUCGACACCGUGUAUCACUGGAAGGUGAUCGACUUCAUGUACCCGUCGCUGCAGUUGCGUAAUAACGCCAUUCGGACACGAGAAUUCAUCCCGGAGAACAAUCUACCGCUCGGAGUGGAUCGAUUCCGCGAUCGGUUGUUCAUAACCACACCACGCUGGAAUCCUGGUGUGCCGGCUACUCUGUCCUAUCUUCCACUGCCCGCCCAAGAUCGUAGCCAACCGUUGAUGCCAUACCCGGACUGGACUUACCAUACGUCACCACGCAACCCAGACUGCUCCAAGAUGAUGUCCGUCUAUCGCAUCCAGGUGGAUGAGUGCGAUCGCCUUUGGGUGCUGGAUGCGGGUGUUACCGACACUCUGACCAACCUGCAGCAGGUCUGCCCACCGAAGAUUAUGGCAUUCGAUUUGCAAAACGAUGAACUUCUCUUCACGUACGUACUGCCAGCGGAACAGGUGAAGGAGGACUCGCUUCACACGAACAUCGUGGUGGACGUACGAGAUGGCCAGUGUGACGAUGCGUUCGCGUACGUCGCUGAUGUGUGGCGCAACGGUAUUACCGUGUUCGAUAUGCGCAAGUUCAAGAGCUGGCGUACGACGAACCAUCUCUACAACCCGAACCCGUUGGCCAGCGACUACAACUAUCAGGAGCUCAACUUCCAGUGGUCGGAUGGUGUGUUCGGUAUGUCACUCGCUCCGGUCCAUCGUUCGGGAGAUCGCAUGCUACUCUUCCACCCCAUGUCCAGCUUCAUGGAGUUCCAGGUUCCGGCCUCCAUCCUGCGCAACGAAACGGUCUGGGAAGGAUUCGGACUGGCAGCGAAGGCAUUCCAACCGGUCGGUACCCGUGGCCGCAUGGGCCAAUCAUCUACGGCCGGUGUCGGAAAGAACAAUGUGCAGUUCUUUACGCUCGUCCAGCAGUCCGGUGUCGGUUGCUGGGAUCUUGGCAAGCCUUACAACCGCAAUAACCUCGGCGUAGUGGAGAAGAACGCACAGAAGCUGACCUUCCCGAACGAUCUGAAGGUUGACCGCGAACCACAACAAUCGCUGUGGGUGAUGAGCAACAAACUGCCCGUCUUCCUGUACGACAAACUCGACUACACGCAGACUAACUUCCGCGUGCUGAUGGCAGACGCACGGAAGGCUAUCGAGAACACCGUGUGCGAUCCGCGCGUACCGCCAAGUUUGGCGUUCGAUGCCGCCCAGCUCGAGUGUGAGUUGGAGCUGUAA